AUGGCGGGCUCAGAUGUUGUAGCGCCAAUCGCUCUCGGGGCUUUUUUUUUGUUGGCCAGUUACCUGAAUCUCAAUGAUCCGGACUGGAUCUUGUGGUCCACGGCCUAUGCUCUCGGCGCGGUGGUUUGCGGCUGGUCCGCGCUGCAGGCGGCCGGGGCGGUUGGGCGGGGAGCACGAGGGACCGCGAAGGACGAUGCUUCGUACUCCCGCAGGAUGACUGCCAUGGCUUACGGGGCGGCGUGCCUGGGACUGGCAGGACACAGCGCUUUCUUGGCACCGCGAGGCGAGCCUCUAGAAACCGGUAACGACGGCAUUGUCUUGACGUUUCUCAGCAGCGAGGUUGCCCGGGAGGCCGGCGGCGCCUUCAUCCUGGCUCAGGCCAUGGCAAUGUGCGCGUUUGUCUGGCGACCGAGGGAUGCAACGGCAACUGGUGCUCCUUCCACGUCCGGAAGGGCCGUGAUUGGGGUCGUGAGCGUCGCGGUAGCGCUUGCCGGAGUUGUUCUUGGCGUGUAUUUGCCGGGGUAUCUUCAGCGCGCGGGAAUCGCAGUACCUGCCCACUGUGGGGGCGCGUAGUUGGAGUGGUUGUUGUUGGAAUUGUUCAAAGGUAUGGGUGAAUAGGCUACAUAUUGACGAAAGCAAGUAGAUUCUUGUGUCGCUGAGCUGGUGUUAGGGGUCGUUUGUCGAGCGACCGGCAUUUCGAAACCACGGCAACCAC